ACUGUGCUUCAGUGUGUUUAGACAUACCUCGCCGUUCUAACGCUUUAAACAGGAUUGGCUACGACGAUCGGACCAUCUUGGUGAAAACUAGAAUUGUCUACAAAUUGCGAAUAUUUUUUAGUAAUGUCAGUCAAAGUCCUAAUUAGAAGAAGCAAAGUAGGUGGUUUGCAGUGCGCAAUAUAACGCUGUCUGUGUGGCAAAUAAAAUAUUUUGCAUGUUACAUUUUUUGCUCAACUCCAUUGAACCCGACAUUAUUAUAGAGAAGACGAGUCCACCACCACCAACAACCAACUGUCAGAGUUUGUGUUUGUUUUCGUGUUUCCAGGUCUCUUCCGGUUCUCGUACCCGGCAGCUGGGUGUUUCGUUUCUAAUAGUGUAAUUUGAACCUGCGACCCAACACCUCCGAAUAAAGUGUGACUCAUUCCAUUGCUCAUCCUCAUUUUAAAUAAAAGAAAUAUAUUAUCAUGACCUCCAUGAGUAGAAUGAUUCGCCAGAUUGUCGAUAUGCGUACGGUUCACCUGAGUAAAGUUCAAGGUCUGAGGGGCUUACUAAGUGUGCAGUCAGGAAGGAUUUCUGUUACCACUGGUGUUCCAGCAACAUGGGGGUUUACAAGGACCUACUGCUCAAAACCCUAUUCUACAGAGGCAGCUGUAAAGAUGGAAACUUCAGCCGACCCACCCACUGACGCUCAUGACCUGCGUGGUUUGGGCAUGCGACGAGAGAAGAUUGAGGUUGAUGGAAUCCAAUUGAAUUGGGAUCAAGCUGGAGAUGGUGACCAUGUUGUUCUUUUGCUUCCGGGAAUCAUAGGUUGCAUCAAACAUGACUUUGUGCCCAUUUUUAAGAAAAUGAACAAGGACAAAUUUACGUUAGUAUCAUGGGAUCCUCCAGGAUAUGGUUACAGUCGGCCACCACAGCGUGAUUUUACUGGGAUCCCUUAUCGAAGAGAUGGACACUUGGUGGUCAAACUGAUGGAGAAAUUAGGUCACAAAUCGUUUUCGGCUCUUGGAUGGUCGAAUGGUGGAGUGACAGCUGGUCAUAUCGCAGCCGACUACCCUGAUCACGUCCGAAAUAUUGUGACAUGGGGGGCGCAUGCUUUUGCUGACGAACGAUGUGUAAUGUUCACCAAAUUUAUGGGGGAUUUGGAUGCGUGGUCUCCUAAAAUGUUGGAACCAGUUCUAGCCCUUUAUGGCAGAGAGUACUUGGUUAAGAUGAUGGCCGACUGGCAUAAAGGUGUGCACGAUUUUUACCAUAAUAAAGAAGAUCAAGUCUUCAAGGAUGGAUUACCAAAGAUCAAAUGUCCUGCGCUCAUCCUUCAUGGAGAAGAUGAUCCUGUUUUAGGCGAGGAUCAUGCAGAAUAUCUGCGAGAUAACAUCAAAAACUCAAGGAUGGUUAUCAUGCCUAAUGCGAAGCACAAUCUGCAUCUUAAGUUCACGGAUGAAUUUGUCAAUUUGGUGGAAAAUUUUUUGUUGGAAGGUGACGAACCCAAACAGUGAAACUUGACCAAAUACUUACAACAAAAUCAGAAUCUCUUAUUCAACUUGACAAAACCGGACCAUUAUCAUAUCUGUAAAUACAUACAUUAUCUCUGCAAUUGCACUCUACUUCAGUCUCAACCAAAGAGUCUCACUCCCAUUCAUACGAUACCGGACACAUUUCACACAUUAUUUAUAAAUUAAUAUUUGCUGACCCCGACAGUAUUAUCAUAUUAUGCUUUAUUCAUGAAAGUUCCUGUAAUGCCAUUCCACAAGUCUGGUGAAUACCAUAAGUAUGCAUUUGUGAUUAUAGCUUUUGUGAUUUAUUUACGGCAGAAGUAAUAAAUAUCCACUUUGACAACA